AUGAUCAGAGCAAUGAGUACAGUUAGUGAGGGCCCAGUGGCGCGUCUUCUCCGAGAGAAGCUGUCAGCAACAUUCCAGGUACAUCUCCUUGCAAGACGAAAAUGAUACUUUGUAUUUUAGCCAAAGCAUCUUGAAGUUGUUUGCGAGAGUCAUCUGCACAAUGUGCCAAAAGGUGCUGAGAAACACUUCCGAGUGCAAGUUGUCAGCGACGCAUUCGAAGGAAUUCGAGUCAUUGAGGUAGCAGCAGGGCUGGGCAAUUGGCCGGCCGGGCUUUUCGUUGGCCGAUCAUUGGACUUUUGAACCACUUGAAAUGAUCUGAUCGGACCCAAACUUUGCAGGAUUGUUGGAAUUGGAUUGAGGGCCAUUGGGACCAAGUUUCAGCUCGAUCAAAUCGUCGGGUCUCGAGAUAUGUGGAUCAUUGACCGAUUUUUUCUAAAAAGCCCGGGCUUCAUGCUAAUUUUGGGUGCCGGCCAAUUGCCCAGCCUUGGGUAGUAGAAAAUGGGGCUACCCCAAAGCAGAACUGCCUCAAAUCAGAAUCAAUUUGAACUACGAAUAGUACUGAUUAUGGACCGGCCUGCUGUGACACUAUUCUGAUUCGGUAGCGUUCUGGUUUGGGGUAGCCCCACAGAAAAUAUGAAUUCAUCGAGAUCAAAACACGUUAGUAUUCCGAGUUGUACGAAUCGUUUUCUGUGAGCUUUCUUGGUAAGCAAGAUAAAUAGAUUUCCACCCACAAUAAUUUGUCCAACUUCUUGAUCAAAUCAACAAUGAGUCAAAUGUUUAAUUAAAUUUGCAGAGACACCGUCUGGUGAAUAAUUGUUUGGCGGAGGAACUCGCGACGACCGUUCACGCCCUUCGGAUCGACGCGGUCCCGACGAGCAAAUGGAACGGUCAGGAGCAGGAAGAGAGCCCGUCCUGCCGUGGAGGUUUCGGAAAAUGA